AAGGAGGGAGGGAGAGAGGGAAGAAGGGAGAGAGAGGGAGAGAAGGAAGGAAGGGAAGAAAGGAAGGAAAGACAGGAAGGAAAGAAGAAAGAAAGAAGGAAAGAAGGGCGGGUAGGGUGUUCGCAAUCCCUGGUGCCUGGAGCCGCGGCUGAGCCUCAGCCCCUGAGCACUGCGGGCGGCACUCGCUGCCCUGCCCGAUUCCCCGCGGCCGCGCCGUCCACAGAGACAGCAGCAGCAGGAGGAGGACGCGUCCCGCUGCCGUGCUCCCGAGAGAAGACACAGGAUGAACCCACUGAUACAAGAUACAACUAGCUAAACAGCUAUAAAAUGCCCAAAUUUGGGUCUACAAAAACAGUUCAAGUUGAAAAUUCUGACAGCAAUAGCACCAUGGUAGAAAAAACAACUGCAAGAAAGAGCAAGGACAAGAUUGCAUCCUACAGCAAAACUCCAAAAGUGGAUAGGAGUGAUGUGGGGAAGGAGAUGAAAGAAAAGUCUUCCAUGAAACGUAAACUUCCUUUUACUAUUAGUCCAUCCAGAAAUGAAGAUCGCAAUUCAGACACAGAGAAGGAAGGUCCGGAGAAAAAGAAAAUGAAGAAGGAUGCUGGGAAUAAGAAAUCAGCACCUGUUAGCAUUCUUUUUGGUUACCCUCUGUCAGAGCGCAAACAGAUGGCACUUCUCAUGCAGAUGACAGCAAGAGACAACAGUCCAGAUUCCACCUUAAAUCAUUCCUUACAAACAACACCAACACAAAAGAAAACUCCAACCUCUUCUUCAAGACAAAAAGAUAAAGUUAACAAGAGAAACGAAAGAGGGGAAACUCCUCUACAUAUGGCAGCAAUUCGAGGGGAUGUUAAACAGGUCAAGGAGCUAAUCAGAUUAGGUGCAAAUGUAAAUGUAAAAGAUUUUGCAGGUUGGACACCACUGCAUGAAGCUUGUAAUGUUGGUUACUACGAUGUUGCUAAAGUUCUGAUAGCAGCGGGAGCAGAUGUGAACACACAGGGCUUGGAUGAUGAUACCCCUCUUCAUGAUUCUGCUAGCAGUGGACAUAGAAAUAUUGUAAAGUUGUUACUUCGACAUGGUGGAAAUCCAUUUCAAGCUAAUAAGCAUGGGGAAAGACCUGUUGAUGUUGCUGAAACUGAAGAAUUGGAAAUGCUGUUGAAAAGAGAGGUGCCCAUCUCUGAUGAUGAAGACAGUUGCUCAGAUUCUGAAGAAACUCCAUCUGUAAAUCCUUCCAGUGUAGAUGGAAAUGUUGAUUCAGAAGCAGAAAAGGACUCUGUAGCCAACAACAGCAAACAAACAGUCCCUAGCAAGGCACCACUUCCCUCUGCACUAGAUGAGUAUGAGUUCAAAGAUGAUGAUGAAGAUGAAAUGAAAAAAAUGAUUGAUGACAAACAUAUUCUUAGAAAAGACCCAAGGAAAGAAGAUGAAACUGAAGUUGAAAAGACCAGCUUAUUUGUGAAACAAGAAAAAGUUGUCUUUUCAAAAUCAUUGAAAAACAAAAAGCAGAAACCCUCUAGAGUUCUGUAUUCAAGUUCUGAAAGUUCAGAUGAAGAAAUAAUUCAGGACAAGAAAAUGGUCUCUCCUUGCUCUGUUUCAGAGACACCAAAUUCUGAUGUCAGAGUGAAGAAAGAAUAUAUGGUUGCAAACGAGCACAAGCAAAAGGGCAAAGUUAAAAGGAAAGUAAAAAAUCAAAGCAAAAAUAAAGAGAAUCAAGAAGUAAAGCAAGAAAAAGAAAAUGCUAGAGUAACAAAUAUAGCUACUUCUGGGUUAGAUCCUUUAGAUAAAGCUAGAGAGGAAGAAACCUUUAAGAAGUCUUUCACCUCAAAAGAAGAUUCUUCUUUACAUCUGUUUCAUAUCACUGCUGGAAAAUCUCCAAAGCAUCCCUGUGGGUUAAGUGAAAAGCAGUCAACACCAUUAAAGCAAGAAAACACCAAAACUUGCUUAUCACCAGGAGGUUCUGAAAUAACAUUGCCGUCCGAAUUAGUUCGGUAUGACCACAACACUGAUUCUGAUUAUCUAGUAGAAAGUUCUAGUGGCAAAUCUUGCAAGCACAAAGAAAAAAGCAAGCAUCAUCAAAAGGAUUUUCACUUGGAAUUUGGUGAAAAAUCUAGUCCUAAAAUCAAAGAGGAAGAUAAUAGCUCAACAUUUGAGAAUUCAGAAUAUACUUUGAGAAAAAUUGACAAGGAAGGUAAAACACUUAAGAAGCAUAAAUUAAAGCACAAAGAAAGAGAAAAGGAAAAGCACAAAAAGGAACAGGAUGGGGAGAGAGAGAAACACAAACAUAAGGAUAAUGUUAAAGAUGUUCAAAGAAGUAUUGAGUUUGACAGAGAAUUUUGGAAAGAAAACUUUUUCAAAAGUGAUGAAAAUGAUGACACUUUGAUAAAUACAGAACAUGAAUCUCUUUCUUCAGACAGAAAAUCAAAGCUAGAAAAAACUGUGGCAAAAGAAGAUAAAUCAGUUAAGGAGAGACAGUUGCAGAAAGAGAGAAGUAUUAAAGAUGAGAGAGAAAAAGAAAAGAACAAAAAGGAAAAUGAGAAGUUUCUCAAGGAUGAAAAAAUCAAAGAUACAAAAGAAGAAAAAGAAGUUAUGCUUGCAGAUAAAGAAAUUGAAUUGUUCUGUUUUGGUGUUAAAGAUGAGGCAGCCAGCGUUCAUAUAGUAGAAAGAGAAACAGAUGCUGAAAAGCAGGAAAAGAAUUUAAAGGAAAAUAAAGAGAAGACAGAAAAGCGAUUCUCAAUCAAAGAAAAAGAUUUUGAAAAGAUAGAAAGAAAACAUGGAGAAAAAGAGAAAAAGUUAAAGCAUGAAUACAAAAUAGAGAAAGAUAAAGCAGAAGUAAAUGAAAAUACAGAGAAAGUAAAGGAGAAGUCCAGUUUUCAGCAAGCAGAAAGGGGCCAUAAGGAAAAUGACAAAAUAAAAAGCAUGGGUGCUCUUAAAAAAGUUGACGACAGGGAAAGAAAUAAAGAAAAAACUGAUAAGAAGCAUGAUAAAGAAAAGGCUGAUAAAGAGAGACAUUGGGCUGAAAGCAAAGAAAAACACUGUACUGAAAGAAAAGUCAAACAGUCUGAAAAAGAAUCUGAAUAUACUAAAUCAGAAAAAAAUAGAACCAGAGAAAAGGAAUUAGAAAAAAAAGACAAAUCCAAAGACAAGGAGACCUCAUCAUUAGCAAGCUCAAAACAUAUGCAAGAGGAAAGGAGAUGCACUAUUACUGAAAGUAAUAAAACAGUUCAUGACAAACUGUCAUCUUUGAAGGAAAAACCAAAAGAUGAUUUGUUGAAAACUCCAGAUGGUAGAGAGAAAGAUAAAAAAGAUAAAGAUAUAGAUAGAUACAAAGAGAGGGACAAGCAUAAAGAUAAACUGCAUCAAAGUAGUUUGCUUAAACUAAAACUUGAACAUGAGAAACUUAAGCCUAAACCAGCACCUGCAUUGAAGGAUGCUCGGCCUAAAGAAAAAAGAUUAGUCAAUGAUGAUUUAAUGCAAACUAGUUUUGAAAGAAUGCUUAGCCUUAAAGAUCUGGAGAUAGAGCAGUGGCAUAGAAAGCAUAAAGAAAAAAUAAAACAGAAAGAGAAGGAACGUUUGAGAAACCGCACUUGUUCAGAACAUAACAAAAUGAAGGAAAAACCCAAACACUCAUUAGCUGAACUAAAAGGCAAAGAACUGAUUCGUUCAAAAAGUUCAGAGUUGCCAGAUGUCUGUAUAAAAGAAAAACAGCAGAAAGAUGCUACAAGUAAUAGAUCUCAGUCAGUAGACACGAGAAGUGUCAAUGUUGUAAAGACUUCAUUGGCUUUAGAUAAUUUCAACAGAUCACCCAAAUCAGAAAGUGAAAAGAUGGGGCUGAGCUCCAGGUCAGUGUCCAUGGUUUCUGUUGCAAGCUCUGAAGAUUCUUGCCAUACCACAGUAACUACUCCAAGACCUGUAACUGAAUAUGAUUCGGACUUCAUGCCAGAAGGUUCUGAUUCCCAAAUGUCUUUUUCACAGUCACCAUUUUUGGCAAGUGCCAAAUCACCAGCCCUUGUGGAAAAAGAGGCUGAUGGUCUUGCUGAGUUGCCAGAUCGCAUUAAGCCACCUUUCACGAACAGACUUCCACAAAUGUAUGUUAGAUCAGCAUCUGCUGAAGAUGUUAAGUUGGUUUUAAAUGAGUGUAGGCCUGUUAUAGAGGUUCGAAGAUGCAGCAUGCCUGCUGCAGUUUCUGAACAAAGCAAACAGCCUGGAAAAUCAGAAGAAAUCAACCAGAAUGCUCUGCAGUCAGUUCAGACUUACAGUAGCACUUCUCCUAAACUAGAGCUACUGUGCAGUGCACUUGAGAGAGAUUUUCAAAGCAGUGUGGCUGUUCUGCAGUCCAGCUUCACAUCAUCUCCAAAUAGAGCUGUUAGCAACAAGCAGGCAAUAACAGGGACAAAUACCAUUAAAGAUAAUGCUCAGAUGAGCCCUUCAGAAGACUCUAGCAUGCAUUUAGAACCAUGUAGUCAUAGUGGUGUGACUCAGCAAACCAAACUGUGGGAUGUGCCUUUUGACAGACUUAAUCCAUUAAACAAUGACUUUAACAGCUCAGGUUGUGGUGUGUCAGAGCAAGAUGCUAAAAGCAUUAUAGCAGUGCAUAAUUCUGAGAGCAGGACGUUAAAAGAGCAACAAGUAUCUGAGUUUUUGCCUCAGCACCCUGAAAUUAAGCGAAGUUCCAGUUCUCAAGAAUCUGCAUCAUUUUUGCCUUCACAGUCGCCUUGUUCUUUACCUACCCAGCCACUUCCAGUUGUGUCAAAAAAUGUUUCCUUACCAGGCAUUAUCAGUCAAGAUUCAUCAUUUGUACAGCAGCAAAAUCUAGUUCAGACUGCAACCUCUGCUUUGGAAACAGAUGCUACUAGUACCAGAGAGCUGGAAAAUGCUUUCUUCCCUUCAAACAUUAGGAAGACUGAUGCACCUAUGGCUGUAUAUUCUGAGGGCUCUGCAAAAGAUGUUUCACAGGGCUAUGAAAAGGUGAAUGAUUUGCCAAUGGUACCAUCAGAGAAGGAUACUCCUGAAAGUGAUAGCAGUUCACAUUUAAACGUGAAUUUGUACUCAUUCAGUAAAGUUGUUUGUAAGAAUGCCCUGGGUGAAGUGGAUAGUAACACAGCAAAUACUUCAGAUAUUAGAAAUGAAAAAGACCAACAAGAAAAGUUGGUCUCUGUACAUAUUGUUGAUAGUAAAGCCAAUGCUGAACUCUGUGAACUAAGUGCAGGAAUGUCAAAGGGAAUUACAAAUGAAUUGGUUAAUAAAAGUCCCUGCACUGCAGACAGAGAAAAUGUGUUGGCAGAUGAUUCACCACAGUAUUCCUCUAUAUCCAAUUUGGAAAAUAGUUCACAACAGGUUACACAGGAAGAGGUGCAUAAAUACAGCCAAAUAGUUAAAGUAGAAGAAGAAGUUGCUGAGGAUCAGAAGAUGGAACAGCAAGAAGUACCUCAAAGAAUCACGAGGAACAGAGCAAAUUUGCUUGCUAACCAGGGCAAGCAGAAUCCUCUUGGCUGUACACAAACAUCGGAAAAAGAGUCUGAAUCUUCAGCAUCUAUGAAAGCAAGAAUUAGAUUAACUGAAGAUGAUGAUGCUCAGGUACAUCAUCCACGUAAAAGGAAGGUGUCACGCGUGCCUCAGCCUGUGCAAGCGAACCCUUCUUUGCUGCAGGCCAAGGAGAAAACCCAGCAGUCGCUGGCAGCUAUUGUUGAUUCUUUGAAACUUGAGGAGAUUCAGCCGUACAGUUCUGAGAGAGCAAACCCCUAUUUUGAAUACUUGCACAUAAGGAAGAAAAUAGAAGAGAAGCGUAAAUUGCUGUGCAGUGUUAUUCCUCAGGCACCUCAAUAUUACGAUGAAUAUGUGACCUUCAAUGGCUCCUACUUGCUGGAUGGCAAUCCCCUGAGCAAGAUAUGCAUCCCAACUAUUACACCACCUCCAUCACUGUCGGACCCACUUAAGGAACUAUUUAAACAACAGGAGGUUGUAAGGAUGAAACUACGUUUACAGCACAGUAUUGAAAGGGAAAAGCUUAUUGUCUCUAAUGAGCAAGAGGUUUUACGUGUUCACUACCGAGCAGCCAGGACCUUGGCUAAUCAAACUCUGCCCUUCAGUGCCUGCACUGUGCUGCUGGAUGCUGAGGUGUACAACGUGCCUCUGGAUGCUCAGACUGAUGACAGCAAAACAUCGGUGAGAGAUCGAUUUAAUGCAAGACAGUUCAUGUCAUGGCUGCAGGAUGUUGAUGAUAAAUUUGACAAAUUAAAGACGUGCCUUUUGAUGAGGCAGCAGCACGAAGCAGCAGCGCUGAAUGCAGUGCAGAGACUGGAGUGGCAACUUAAACUGCAAGAGCUUGAUCCUGCUACAUACAAAUCUAUCAGCAUUUAUGAAAUUCAGGAGUUUUAUGUUCCUCUUGUUGAUGUUAAUGAUGACUUUGAAUUGACACCCAUAUGACAACCAGCACCAUCUGGCUCACCCCUCCCCGUGGACAGCUAGAGACUGAGGUGCAGUGAUGCACAAAGGUAUUUUUCUUUUGAGACAGAGCACUUAAUUCUGUGGAAUACUACCUUUCUCCAUAAUUCAGGUGUUCCUACAGAGAAGUGUGGCACAGACACUUGUUCAAACACAGAAAAUGGAUGCUGAUUUUAAAUUCAGAUUCCCAGUAACUGCUGUUAUCUGUGUUUUAAAAUUACCUGUAGAUUUAGGGCUUAUUGCUGAAAAAGAUUAUAAAACCUGGUGAGUUUACAGCGCUGGAAGCUGUUAAUAACUAAAACAUCCACCAAAAAGCAAACGAUACUUAAAAUCUGCUAUAAAGCUUUGUAUUAUGAAACUUCAGUAACAGUUGGACUCCCACAGAAAAAUGAUGAGAAAACCUGUGGAAGAAAGUGUAAGACUUGGAGGAAAAGAAUCAAUCUUACUAUAUUUUGUAAAUUACUGUACAGAUUUCUUUUUGGAAGAAGAUGAAGUAUUGUCUUCAUUUUUAAAUAAUUUAUUUUAUACAUAUUGUGCAAAUGUAAAUAGUCUUGUAAUUAAUGUUCAAACCUGUAUAAAAUAGAUAUUUUAACUGUAAAACUGUUUUUGUCUAAUGUUUUAUUGGACCAAAGGUGUCGUUUUUAUUAAGUGUAGUGUGUUCCUGGUUGGCAGUUCCUUUUUGUAUGGCAUGCGUUUGAUUUAGCUGCUUGUUUCAUCGCCAUAACUGUAAGAGGAUUGAACUGUACUGCAUGCUCCACAGGACUCUCAACUCCUUCCCUUCAAUAACUGAUACCUAAACUGUUGUAAUAUUUACAAAAUCAUACUUCAUAUUAGUCUGCUGUUGUAAUGCCAUACCUAUGACUUCCUAUACUGAAAAUAUUUUUGUGUAAAGCAAAAAAAACCCUUUUGCUCUUAUAUGGUGGUCUCGUAAUAGAGCCUAUUUUUUCCAACAAAAUGCCUUUGAAUUAAAAUUCUUAAAUUGUAUAUUGUCUAUUUUAAUAUUAAUCUAUGGAAGGGAUGUGUAAAUAGUUGUAAAUAUAAUACUUAAUAAAUUUUAUUGGUCAUGUUAUUAGUUGGAAUUUCUUCAUAUUGGAACACUUGAUACAUCAAACCUUAGCAUUCCUGGAAUAUGUAAGGAGACUCAAUGGAAAAAUUAAAAAAAAAUUCUCCAUGUUGUGAAA